AUGACGGAUAUAUUGAAAUCACCUAGGAUUGUUGAGGACGUGAGAAUAAACAACGAUGGAGAAGCUAAGCUAAAGAAUAUAACGCAUGAGGUUCAUCAGAGACAAAGAGCUUAUGAUAAUAAGCCAACUAGCUCACCACCACACUCUACUCGUACUCUCAACAUCUUGAGAAUACUGCUACAAUUAUCACAAAGGUUAUUUACCACAAAGGUCCAACCUGGUACCACUUCUAUACCGGAAAUGCUAUUCUUCUUUAUGAACCAUCUAAUAUUGCUCAACUUGUUCUUUGUGAUUGCUAUUUACAAAAACUUUCUAUUCAUUUAUCGCAAAAGUUAUUUAAAGUUUCUUUCCUUAACUUAUUAUCCCAAUAAAUCGCCCCAGGUUAUUAGAGAUGACGUUAACAAAUUGAGCAAGAUUCCCAAGUCUGUGUCGUGCAUUUUAGAUUUGAAGGAUGAUGAUGAUGAGAAUGGUGGUAAAGAUGGAUUUAUCAACCAAAUUAGUGAGUUGGCUGCAUGGACUGUUAGUGCAGGCAUUGGCAAAUUGAUUAUUUACGAAUAUACUGGUGCAUUAAACCAAAGCCAUGAGAUUUUGAUUGACCUCAACAAAUCUAUAAUUAAGAACCUAAUUUCCUAUUUUGGUACUGAAACAAUACCGAAAUUUUCCAUCAAGGUGCCUCACAAGAACUUGAUCUUGUAUAGUCACGAUGACAAUUCGGUUGGUGAGGAAAACGGUACAAGAGACGAGAUCAACUUGGAGAUUGAUUUGUUGAGUAGAGUCGAUGGUAAGCCAACAAUAAUUGAAUUAACCAAGACAAUGAGUGAAUUGGCGUGUAAUGGAGAGUUAUCAGUUGAUGAUAUUACGAUAGAUUUGAUCAAUGAAGAGUUGAUUGAGUUAGUAGGACCCGAACCUGAUUUGUUGAUUUGUUUUGCGCCAUCUUUGAAUUUAGAGGAUUAUCCUCCGUGGCACAUUCGACUAACUGAGAUAUUCUAUGAACCUGAAAAUAAGGAUGUCAGUUAUGCUGUUUUUAUUCGGGCAUUGAAGCAAUUUUCAAACAGUAAAGUUAAUGUUGGUAGGUGA